AUGCAGGACUCCUGGAUGGUUCGCAAGGACGAAGAGAUGCAGGCAUACAUCGACGGCCAUGACUCAAAGAAUUCCUUCGCUGCAAUCAAGGCGAUCUACGGCUUCCCAACAAAGAGAACUGCACCAAUUUUCAACUCCAAUGAAUCAACGCUUUUGAUGGAGAAGUCACAGAUACUGAAGCGCUGGGCCGAGCACUUCAGAAGCGUCCUCAACUGUCCCUCCACAAUCGCCGACGCGCCAACGACCGGCUCCCACAAGUGA